UCAGGUUUUCUGGUACAUUAAGGUACGACCAGGAUAGGUCCCUAAGAAUCGGACAUCAUCGUUGCUGAUUCUGUGUUUUCUGCAAUUCAUUCAGUGUUGGGUAUAUUAUUUAAGCGGGUAUACCAUUAGAAGACCAAAAUACGCAAAAGAUGAAUCACGCAAUCAGAUCGGCUAGAGCUGCUCUGCCUUAUAACGCAAGCAGAAAAGCGACUGGAAAUUCUGUAAUCGGAGUGUUGAGGAAGGUCACAACUAUGGCUAGCAGCCAAUCUGACAGCAAGAACCCAAAUGAGAAAAAUGGGGACACGAUGUCUGAUUCGUUCGGGGAAGGGUACGCCACCAGAUCGGAUGAGGAAGGAUUUGGUGGGGUAUAUGGAGAGAACCAGUCUCUUCCAAAGACUGGGCAAAACGAGAAUAGUAUCCAUGAAAAUCACCCUGCUUAUGACAAGACGCACGGGAGCGAAGUGAAGGAGAAGGAAAAGGCACGACACCAGACCAGCGCAAAAUCGUAGAAUUAUUUUGUAAUAUGACGUAUCACAUCAAUCUACAUAAGUUUGUGGUUUACUUGUAAUAUUAAGUAUUUUCCUACUCUUUUUGUUUCAUGUAGUGGAGCUGUUAGAGCUUAUGUUUCUUCCGAAAACCUUCUAUGUAUUGAUUAAUGUUCCUUGGGAACACUUUUUUCUUUC